AUGUCUACCUCGACACUACCGCCUCAGAGGAAGAGGGAUAGAUUGCAGGAUCUACAACCGAGACGGUCAAGACCCGUCUCGCUUUGUCCUCCAGCGACCGGUGUACACUCGAACCCUCUAAACACCCCGCAGCAAACCAAUGCAGUAGCUUCAACAUUUAACUCUGCUCUUGUGCCACUGCCUACCUCGAGCGCAUCAGCCCUACGACAACCAUCUGGUGUAUUGACAGUGUCCCAAACAGCCACGACGCCUAGCCAUCCACAAAAUCCUGCCUCCACUGAAGCAAUCAGGAGACACCUCGAGAAACUGACAGAAGCAGAGAAAAAGCGUUCUUAA